AAACUCACGUGCCAGUGCUCUUCCUUGAAGGCGGUUCCUACUAGCUGCCGGUGAAGAGGGCUGUUGUUGUUGUUUGUGGGAAAGUACUUCAAAAGUACAAAAACUAGUGUUGUAAAAUGGGAACCCGAGAUGAUGAAUACGACUACUUGUUCAAAGUUGUACUAAUCGGAGACUCUGGAGUGGGGAAGAGUAACCUGCUGUCCCGUUUCACAAGAAAUGAGUUCAACCUGGAGAGCAAGAGCACCAUCGGUGUGGAGUUUGCCACCCGCAGCAUCCAGGUGGAUGGCAAGACGAUAAAGGCUCAAAUAUGGGACACAGCUGGACAGGAACGCUACAGAGCAAUCACUUCAGCGUAUUACCGAGGUGCAGUGGGGGCCCUCCUGGUUUACGACAUCGCCAAGCACCUGACGUAUGAGAACGUUGAACGCUGGCUGAAGGAGCUGAGGGACCACGCUGACAACAACAUAGUCAUCAUGCUGGUUGGAAACAAGAGCGACCUCCGCCACCUCAGGGCAGUGCCCACUGAUGAGGCUCGGGCCUUUGCAGAAAAGAACACUCUCUCAUUUAUUGAAACCUCAGCCUUGGACUCCACUAAUGUAGAAGAAGCCUUUAAGAACAUUCUGACAGAAAUCUACCGUAUUGUAUCUCAAAGGCAAAUAUCGGACAGAUCUGCACAUGAUGAUUCUCCAGGCAACAAUGUAGUGGACAUAAGCGUCCCCCCAACGAUGGACGGGCAGAGGGGCAACAAACUCCCCUGCUGUCAAAGCCUGUGAUACUUGUGUUUUCUUUUCCUGUUUGACUUUCUGUCAGUCUUUCCUCUCUUUGCCUCUGCUUUACUUCAGCUGUCACGCUGCUGUCAACAUGAUACCCUCAUUGGUUCAGAUGUCUCUGAUCCAAGACUCUUGUAGCUGACAUUCCUUUUUGCUGGUUUCUUUUUUGUUUGUUUUUUUCUUCCUCUGAUCUGAUUUCAACCUGUGUCAAUAUAACUUUAUGACCUCAUAAUAGCUUUGAGAGGGAGGAAGUGUUUGCUAUUAUGAGGCUGAUCUCAAAGCUGUAGUAAACUACAAUUUCCUUUUUAAUUAACCAGCGUUAUGGUCCUAUUGACCUGCUCCUGUUGAAGGAACGGUGAGGGAUUAGCAGGCCUCUUUAUUAGUGUUCCAAGUGGUUACUACUUGUCUCCUUUUCUCAGCCUGCAAUGACUUAUGAUCUGUUAAAGUGGAAUCCUGGUUUCAUGUCUAGUUGACCUGAUUCUGCCUGUCAUGCAAUACGGGUGUAGAAGAGGAGAGGAGAAGAAGGUAAUGCAUCAAUACUUUGGAGUAUUAAUGUAUACUCAAUUUGGAGUUUGUGGUUGCCUAUUUAAUUUUAAUUUCCCCCUCUGAGCCCUGUGCCCUCUGUGGCAUUAAAUUAGCAUGAGCCAGACUGGCUGUGACUGUCUGACUUAAUAUGGGCAAGUGUGAAACAAAUGAAGUGUUUUUAUUUGUGUGUGCAUGUAUGAAUGUGUGUGUGUGUGUGUGUGUGUGUGUGUGUGUGUGUGUGUGUGUGUGUGUGUGUGUGUGUGUGUGUGUGUGUGUGUGUGUGUGUGUGUGUGUGUGUGUGUGUGUGUGUGUGUGUGUGUGUUAAUCUUAGUGCACAAAGAUACCAAAGGAGACAGAUGCAAUCAGUAUCAGUUUGGGUUUUCUUAUUUAUGCGUGUUCAAGGCUGCUAGUAUUGCAGACCAUUGCUGAAUUUGGCCAAUCCAGUCCAGGCUAUUUGGGGAAAAAAUUGUGUAAUGCUACAUAGCAAAAGUGUUGUUAUAAAUUGUGAUGAAUUUUUUUUUUAAUGAAAUGAAAAUAGUAUCAGCCUGGGACACGCCUAGCAGGCUGUCUUAAAAUGAAAAUCUUUCUUGCACUUAUGUCCAAAAUUUCAGUGGAAUAAAUCAUCUUAUAUUUUUAAAUACACUCAACAUCUUUAUUAUUCAAUUAUAUUUUCCUGAUGCUUGUAAGGGAAACUGUGUUGGCUGAAAAGAACAAAAUGCACUAUUUGUUAUGCUUCUUUUUUUUUUUUUUUUAAAGCAAUUUCCCCUCAUGUACCUUGAAUGUGAAUGUGAUAUCUGUUAAAGGAGAAUGGAUAAAAAUGUGUGUGUAAUCUGAGAACAUUUUCACUUCGACUCCAGCCGGAAGCAGUUGUUAGUAGGUAAAAUGGAACUGAAAGUCAGAAAUGCAAAUUGUUUACAUGGUUGGCUGAAAAGCCACUUUCACCCAUCUGGUAGAAAUGCUUCCAUGUGUGAUUGAUUCGAUGCAUUAUGUCUCGUGAAAUUUCACAUUUCUUCAAAUAAUAGGUGUAAAGUCAGCAAACAUAAACUUGUUUUGCUACUUUAACACUACACAGAAAAUACUGAAGAAUAAAUAAACCUAAUUCACAUGAA